AUGGUGAAACUAACCUGGGACUCGUCAUCAAAAUUCUUCUCCGUCGAAGAAGUGGUCGUCUCUGUAGAAACAAUGCUCGUCGUUGUCCAUCUCCUCUCCGUCGUGGUUGCCUUCAUCGAAGUCGAAGAUGAAGAUGAACCAAGGGCUUUGGUGGGUUCUCGGAAGAGGAAGUUAGCAACACAACAUAUGGUGUGUCCAUCUGCUUCGCUGACGAGAUACACAACACUGACACCACCUGCGAUUCCCGAGGCACCGACAUUCUCUAUUCCCUACACCCCGAUCGAUAUGGAAUCCCGCAAAUUGGCCGCUUUAAUCUCCUCUCUCGUCUCUCAACUCCUACUCCUCCUCAUCUCCCCUUCCUCCGCUCCCAUCUCUUCCAAUUCCCAUUUCAAUGCCGGUGAUUUCAAAUCCAACGCCAACAUUUUCGCUCUCGUCCACCAUUUUCUCUCCUCUCAAGAAAUCGCCACAUCCCUCUCCCUUCUCGCGAUUUCGAGGAAAAGAAAGAGAACCCAUUUGAACGAACCGGAUUCUGAAUCCACCAGUGAAGACGGAGAUGAACGAUUCCUGCACGGUCUGACGCGGAACCCUGACUCGUUCAAGUCCUGUUUCAAGAUGACCUCUUCAACCUUCGAAUGGCUCUCCGGCUUGCUCGAACCGCUAUUGGAUUGUCGUGAUCCUGUUGGGUUGCGACUCAAUCUCCCUCCCGAGAUCCGUCUCGGAAUUGGUUUAUUUCGGCUGGCGACUGGGGCAAAUUACGGCGACAUUGCUAGCAGAUUUGGGGUUUCAGUGGAAGCUGCUCGAUUUUGCUCAAAACAGUUGUGUCGCGUUCUCUGCACCAAUUUUCGAUUCUGGGUUGCUUUUCCUAGCCAUCAUGAGCUGGAAUCAGUGUCGACAGGGUUUGAAAAUCUAUCUGGGUUGCCUAAUUGUUGUGGGGUUAUUGAUUGUACUAGGUUCAAGAUUGCUAGAGAGAAUGAUUCUGAUUAUGGCAUUGCUGUCCAAAUUGUCGCAGAUUCUUCGUCCAGGAUCUUAAGCAUUGCUGCCGGUUUUCGCGGCGAUAAGGGUGAUUCAAGGGUACUUAAAUCCUCAACCUUGUGUAAAGAUAUUGAAGCAGGAAAUUUAUUGAAUUCGAAUCCUGUUCAUGUCAAUGGAGUAGCCGUGAACAAGUACUUAAUUGGUGAUGGAGGGUAUCCUUUUCUUCCAUGGCUAAUUGUUCCUUUUGUGGAUGUGGUGCCAGGGUCAAGUGAAGAGAAGUUCAAUGCAGCACAUACUUUGAUGCGCAUUCCCGUGCUCAGGGCCAUUGCUAGUUUGAGAAAUUGGGCUGUCUUGAAUGAACCAAUACAAGAAGAAUUCAGGACCGCAGUUGCUUUUGUUGGGGCGUGUUCGAUCCUGCAUAAUGUUAUGCUCGUGAGGGAAGAGGAUAGUGCAUUGUUUGAUGGGUUGGAGGAUUACUCAGUAUUUGAUCAAGGUUCUCAGUAUUAUAGAGAUCAUACAUCAGAGGAUAAUGCAAUCGAAAAGAAUGCAUCCAUAAUACGAAAUGCAUUGGCUAGCAGAGUGAGUGUUUUUAGGGAAUCAAAUGAGGAUCCCUGCAGUCCAGGAUCCUCUGAUCCAGUCCAAACACCAUGCUAAUGGAAGAUUACUUGAGGUCUCUACUCAACAUUUUUUGAGCUAGGUAAUAGAGAUUCUUUUCCUUUUAAAUAAGUUUGAAGUUAGUACGGAUUAGAGUUUCUCAUUUACCUCUAACCUUUUUCUUUCCGAAAAUUUGUAUCUUUGUUUAUUAAUUGAAUUUUAAGAUGUAUUCAUUGUAGGAUUCUCGUAUGAUUCAAUGCAAUAUGGGAACGACAUAUCAUCUGUUAGGCA